AUGACUGAACGGCUAGAGUUCGAAAGCAUUGACUGGCACAAGCUGACACCAGUAGAAAUUGAAAAGCGACUGCAGGCAGAUUUAGCCGAUGGUCUCUCACAGCUUGAUGUCUACGACCGCCUUGCGAAAUAUGGAGAGAACAAGAUGUCUCGUCUCCCCAAUCCCUGGCUCUUUCGAAUAUUUGGCUACUUCUUCAAGGGAUUUGGAUCCAUCCUAUGCAUUGGUGGUAUUCUCGUUCUCAUAUCCUGGAAGCCGCUCGGUGAUCCCCCCCGGGUUGCGAACUUGGCACUUGGAAUUGUUUUAUUCUGCGUUUUUCUCAUCCAGGCUGCUUUCAAUUUCUACCAGGAUUGGUCCACCUCGCGUGUCAUGCAGUCCAUGACCGCUUUGCUUCCAGAGUCUUGCCAUCUCAUUCGCGAGCGAGCACUGAUUGAGGUCAGUGCUUUGAACGUGGUCCCUGGCGACGUCCUCCUCCUCAAGGCGGGAAACAAGAUUCCAGCAGAUUUGCGAUUUCUUCAGGUGUCUCAUGACAUGAAGGUGGAUCGUGCGGUGCUUACUGGCGAAUCAAGACCUGUGAAGGGUAUUGUUGACUCGGAUAGUGACAACUACCUUGAGACACACUGUAUUGGUCUUCAGGGAACGCACUGCGUGUCUGGAACGGCCAUCGGCGUCGUAGUUGCAACUGGGAAUUCGACCGUCUUCAGUCAAAUUGCGAAACUGUCCAGCGAACUCAAACCAACCCCCACACCCAUUGAGAAAGACAUCUCAAGAUUUGUUCUUAUUAUUUCAACAAUUAUGAUCGCUUGGAUACUGAUCAUUGUUGCUGUGUGGGCUGGUUGGCUUCGAAAAGAGCACCCCGACUGGCUAGGCGUCCCCGCUCUCAUCGUGAGCUGUGUGAGUGUCGCGAUUGCCUAUAUCCCGGAAGGCUUGCCUGUUGCGGUCACCUCCUCCCUGACAAUUACGGCGAGCUUGAUGAAGAAAAAUGGUGUUCUUUGCAAGUCUUUGAAAACUGUUGAGACUUUGGGUGCAGUAUCCGUGAUUUGUUCAGACAAGACGGGAACAUUAACCAGGAAUAAGAUGUUCGUUACCCACUGCUCCGUUGGCACGACGGCACACACUCCCGAUACGGCCAAGGAGGCUCUGAUGUGGAAUGAAUCAGUAGCCGUCGAUCAGUUACGCGCUGUUGCGGCCCUCUGCAACGACUCAACCUUUGACAGAGACACCGCCUUCCUCCCUUUGGCUGAACGAUCGAUUUUCGGUGACGCUACGGACCAGGCCGCUCUCCGGUUCUCAGAGAGCUUAGGAUCAGUGGCCAACUUGCGCAGCGCCUGGAAACACUGCUUCCAGCUAGCUUUCGACAGUAAAAACAAGUUCAUGGCGAAGGGGUCUUUCGUGACGGACUUGAAGGGUCUCGGGCCUUGUAUCAGCAAUUCCGAGAAAGAACGGUUCGAUAGUACCCGCAACAUGCUGCUCACUGUUAAAGGAGCCCCUGAUAUCCUCCUCGAUCGAUGCACCCAGUACGUGCAAGAGAACGGGAAGAUUGAGGUUCUGUCCAAAGACGUUGCUGCAGACAUUACAAAGAUGAAAAAUAGGUGGGCGUCUGACGGUAAGAGAGUCAUAUUGCUGGCCAGGAAGAUCAUUUCGUGGGAUGAGACCGCGUCGGCAUCUCCGACAUAUGACUCGGGAAGGUGUGUGAUCAAAGAGCUCGGAAGCAAUCUAGUAUUUGUGGGAUUGCUUGGACUGGUCGAUCCUCCUCGGGAUGAGAUACCUGAGGUGAUGAACACUUUACGUGGCGCUGGAAUCCGGUCCUUCAUGAUCACUGGAGACUUUUAUCUCACUGCUCUGGCUAUUGCUCGCCAAUGCGGCAUGGUAACUCAACAUUGUGUUCAUGAUAUCUCCUUCUUAGCUCGCUUUCCCCAACGAGUCCCCAACCCAGAAGCAGCAAUGCCCCAAGCUGCUCUAUCACUGGUAGGAAGGGACCUCAUGAAACUCAAUGAUUACCAAUGGACUCAGGCAUGUGCGUACCCCGAAAUCAUAUUCUCCCGGACAACACCAGAUCAGAAACUCCGGAUCGUUCGUGAGCUCCAGGCCCGGGGACAAAUCGUCGCCAUGACCGGUGAUGGAGUCAACGAUGCACCGGCCCUCAAGGCGGCAGACAUCGGCAUCAGCCUCGCCAGUGGAUCCGAUAUUGCUAUCGCAGCUGCCGAUAUGGUUCUUCUUGACUCUUUCGCCGCGAUUGUGGAAGCUGUACGUUACGGACGCCUUGUAUUUGACAAUCUGAAGAAGGUCAUCGCGUAUCUUCUGCCGGCAGGCUCAUGGUCUGAGUUCUGGCCGAUCUUCACCAGCGUUGUCUUUGGGCUUCCGCAGAUUCUCUCUUCAUUUUUGAUGAUUAUUAUUUGUUGUUGCACCGACUGUAUCGCCGCUAUUGUGCUCGCCUACGAGAAACCUGAAGCAGAUCUUCUCUUACGCCCACCUCGCAAUCCCAAGACGACCAAGCUUGUGGACUGGCAGUUGAUUUUCCACGCCUAUGCAUUUGUUGGUACGAUUGAAACAGUGGCAUCUUUCUCAAUGGCUUACUGGUAUCUUGAGAGAAAUGGAAUUCAUUUCCGUGAUCUCUGGUUCAAGUUUGGGGAGCUUCCCGCCGGUAUCGAUCCUGACUACUACCAGUCCCGCCUGAACGAGGCCAGUUCCAUCUACUUUAUAAACCUCGUCAUCAUGCAAUGGUUCAACUUGAUGGCGGUCCGUACCCGCAAGCUGUCCAUUUUCCAACAUCCCCCAGCUUUCAACAAAGAUACCCAAAAUCUUCUUCUCUGGCCUGCUAUCUUGCUUACCCUUGGUGUGGCUGUUAUUUGGCUCUAUAUCCCCCAAUUACAAGCGGUGCUUAACACUGGUGGGGUGCCAGUCGAACACUACUUUCUGCCGGCUGCGCUUGGUGUUGGACUUUUAUGUCUCGACGAAGGGCGUAAAGCUUGUGUUAGGCGCUGGCCAGGAGGCAUACUUGAGAAAAUGGCUUGGUAA